AUGGGGAUACUAUUAAACGACUCGAUACUUUACACUCUUUGUUUCGCUGAUGAUCAAAUAAUACUAGCUCAAGACUACGAGGAUCUGGAAUAUAUGACCCGCAAACUAAUUGAAAAGUAUAACAAGUGGGGGCUGGAGGUAAACCUUAAGAAGACGGAAUAUAUGUGUAUCGGCGGCGAACAACAGAACAUAAUCCUAGAACAGCAACAGCAAGAAAUAAAACACUGCCAAAAAUAUAAAUACCUUGGCAUGCACAUUACCACCCUUGGUAGCCUUGAUGAGGAAAUUAAGUUCAGAAACAACCAGGGUAGACAAGCAAUUAGACAACUCAACAGUAUUUUAUGGGAUAAGGCGGUAUCAACACAAAAUUUAUAA